AUGACUGUGGAUAAAAAGAAAAUCAAAGUAUCAGCAUUAUGCGAGCUAUGUCAUGCAAGAAAAGCAGUAAUGAAAAGACCGAAAAACCUAAUGAAAUUAUGUAAAGAAUGUUUCUACAAGGUAUUUGAAACAGAAAUCCAUAAUACUAUAGUCUCAAACAACUUGUUUCAACCAGGUGAUAAGAUUGCUAUAGGUGCUUCAGGUGGGAAAGAUUCAACUGUGUUAGCAUCUAUUUUAAAGACUUUAAAUGAGAGAUAUAAUUAUGGUUUAACUUUAGUUUUAUUAUCUAUAGAUGAAGGUAUAAAAGGAUAUCGUGAUGAUUCAUUAGCCACAGUGAAAAGAAACCAACAACAAUAUGAAAUGGAAUUAGAGAUAGUAUCAUACAAAGAGUUAUAUAAUUGGGAUAUGGAUGAAAUUGUGAGUUGUGCAGGUAUAAGAUCAUCAUGUACUUAUUGUGGAGUCUUGCGAAGACAAGCUCUUGACAGAGGUGCAGCAAAAUUAGGUAUUAAUCAUGUGGUAACUGGUCAUAAUGCAGAUGAUAUGGCAGAAACUGUAUUGAUGAAUUUGUUACGUGGUGAUGCUAAUAGAUUAGAAGGAAGUACUAGAAUAAUGACUCAAUCUGCUGAAUCACCAAUCAAGAGAUCAAAACCAUUUAAGUAUACUUAUCAAAAGGAAAUAGUAUUGUAUGCUCAUUACAAGCAAUUGGAUUAUUUCUCAACCGAAUGUUCUUAUGCACCUGAAGCGUUUAGAGGUACAGCUAGAGAAUUACUCAAGAGUUUGGAAAGUAUACGACCUUCAUGUAUUAUGGAUAUUAUAUAUAGUGGAGAACAUUUAGUAUUAGCUAAAAAACAAAAAAAGAAAACAGUUGCAUACAAGAACAAGAAACCUGAAGAAUUGGAAAUAAAUAAAGAUGGAUCAGUAUCUAUAAAAACUUCAAGAUGUGAAAAAUGUGGGUAUUUAUCUUCAAAUAAAAUAUGUAAAGCAUGUAUGUUAUUACAAGGAUUAGAAAUGAAUAGACCAAAAGUUAGUAUAGACACAGGAUCAACUGAAGGGGCAGCUAAAAUGACGAAAGUACUAGAGGGUUUAAGUUUUUAA